CACGAACUUCCAGACACGACGAGCAACGUCUCUUAAUGUCCCCACCACUGCGACAUGAAUGCAUUCGCGUACCGGUGACGGCUUUAGCGGCCGUUGGGCCUCUUUUAUUCGCCGCAGAAGGGCCUGUCGUCCGUUGUUAUCGCAGCGACGACGUGAAGAAGUUCACAUAUGUCGGAUCGAAGAGAGUUUUCAAGAGUCAUGCUAUUCAUGGCAUAGCGGCCCACCAGGUCGACCUGAAUUCCGUGACCUUGGCUAUAUGGGGAGGUCCCCUGAUACGUUUCCUCCAGUUCGACCCGGUUGCGUUCUCUAGCCGUAUCGACCUUGGAGGCAAUGGAUGGGGCAGUUCAAUAGCCUCUCCCAUUGUGCGAGCACCGGACUGGAUUCUGGACCUGUCGCUCCGGCCUGCAAGCACUUCCAAUCUCACGGAGGGAGAUGUUAUUAUAUGUGCUGCGGUCACGGCCCACAACGCACUCAUCGAGGUGACUGUACAACAAACAAGCCAAGAUGAGGGGGGUAAAAGCACACUUGUACCACGGCUCUCAGAAUCGACUUCCAGUUCACGCUCGAUCCUCUAUUCGGCACAUCUACUAUGGGAUUCUGACGACCAUGUACUAGUCGCAGCUGGAACCGCCUUCGGAGAAAUCAUCUUCUGGUCCUGGACAAAAGAUGCCAUCAAGGGCUCUUAUUCGUGCAUCCUCCGAGUCUUCCUCGGUCAUGAGGGAUCCAUAUUCGGAGUCCGCAUCUCGGAAGAGAUCAAUGACGCCUCUGGAAACACACAGCGAUAUCUUGCCAGCUGUAGUGACGACCGCACGAUCCGCAUCUGGGACCUGUCCGGUAUCCAAACCUGCAGUGCUGUAGCGCACUUGGAUACGGCAGUUGCAGAGGCCGAGAGAACGCGGCACACUGGAUUCAGCAGCGAAACCUUCGAUGCAGAUAUCUCAAACUCGCCAUGCCUAGCGAUUGGCUGGGGGCAUCUAUCGCGAGUAUGGGCAGUUAUCUUUGUGCGGUCGCGCUGCUCCCCGAAUAGUAUCUGUCUGCUGUCUUCAGGGGAGGAUGCAACUUCACGAGCUUGGCAAUUCUCACCCAGGCGCGGCAGCUCACAGGAGGCAGACACAUCACCCAUCAAACUGAUACAAGUGGGAACAGCGGCCUAUCACAGUGGGAAGAACAUCUGGUCGAGCAUCGUGUUCGGCUCGGAUCAAGGCGCUCAGCAGGUCGUCUGUGGCGCUGCAGAGAGCAAGAUCACUGCAUACCCCCUCCCUACCUUCGAGGUCGUGGGUAGCAAGGCAGCAGAGGAUAUUGCCGAAUAUACUCUACAAGACAUAGUCUCCAUGGACCAAGGGACCAGCCUCGCUCUGCAGACCAGUCUCAGCAAUCUAUCGCUCAAGCGAGUGAAAGCUGACGACUUCAUCCGUGCCUAUGCCCUCCUCGACAGCACCUCCUUCCUGCUGACCACGAACACCGGCAAGGUGUUUCUGGAAACUAUCACACCCGGAUCUGACGGCCAUGGAGCCGGCUCAAUAUCGAAGUCGGAACUCAUACAACAGCUUGACGAAGGGUCUGGUCAUUCGGUGUGCGUCGCUGAGCCUUCACUUGGAGUAGGCUUCGUCGGUGGAGCGCGAGGCGGUAUUUACAUGUACCACAAAAGUGCACCGUCAGUACUCAAGAGAAUAUCCACUGUCCAGGGGAAGAUAGGCGACCUGUUCAUCGGCCUUAAGACUACGAAUGACUCAUUCGUGCUUGUUGUCUCGUUGAUGGGCCGUAACGUCGCUCAAUACAUACACAUAUCGACUCCCCAAGGUGGGAAGCCACACUCCAUUGUAGACAUCGUCGAUCUUGUCCUGCCCGAAGCAGUGACAGGCACAACGAUAACCAGUAUGGCGUGGAUCCCGCUCUACGGCGGUCCCGCAUGCGUCGUCCUCGGUUUCAGGGGCGGUUCGGUCGCAGGGUACUCGCUACCUUGCUCUGCCGACCAAACUGAUCGGAUUACCGCAUCUGUCACCCAAAAGUUCCACGGCAAAGAGGCAGUCACAUCUCUGCUCUGGUACCCAUGCCCUGACCCCUCCUCUCCAUUUCCAUCAGAAGGCUACCUCAUCUCCGUCGGCCGCGAUGGUUGCUGCGCAAUACACCAUCUCAUACUCUCCAAGAAGCCUCAUGGAUGCACUCACUGUGACUUCCAGGGCUACGAUUUCACGUUCACACUGACGCAUCAUCUCCCCUUCCCCUUCGGGCCCACCCUCGAAGGCUUGUACCUCGAUGACACCAGCAGUAACCUCUUCAUCUACGGCUUCUCCAGCACAAAAUUCAUCCUCUACAACCUCACCACGGAGGAGGAAAUCAUGAAUGUCGAGACGGGCGGUGCACAUCGGAGCUGGGCUUUUCAUCCUCCCUCGUACCCGUACUAUCCCCCUGGCAGCGAGAAAGGAAGAGAAACCGUUGAGGGAGAAGAGGAGGUUGGUAGUGCUGCAGGCGGCACACUCGUCUGGACCCGCGCCUCCACCACCCACAUCUACGCUCCCCAUCACCUUGGUGCAAACCACAGCGUCAUCCGCACAGGUGGCCACGGGCGGGAAAUCAAGGCCGUAGCCGUGUCCCCGACAAACGGGCUCAUAGCUACAGGCGCAGAGGACACGGAUAUCAAGCUCUUCUCCUACGACAUCAACAGCGGUGAUGGAAAGGAGAAAGAUUUGCGCGCCCUGCGUACAUUGCGAAAACACAAGACAGGGAUUCAGCAUUUGCAGUGGUCUGACGAUGGUGAGUAUCUGUUCAGUAGUGGCGGUGCGGAGGAGUUUUUCGUUUGGAGGGUGAGGAAGUUACCGAGAUGGAUUGGCUACGGCGUCGUUUGCGAGGCGGAGAUACGAAGGGAGAGCUUGGACGUCGAGGUCCGGUGUUUGGGAUUCGAUGUGCGAAGGGAGGAUGAUGGAUUCGUGAUUGCCCUGGUAUUCUCCGACUCUACCAUUCGGAUUCACACGUACAACACCUCGACAUGCUCCUUCAGCACCGUACUACGAACCACAUACGCCACUUCGUGCCUCACGCAAACCGUCUUCCUCUCUCCGACCACGCUCCUGACCGCCGGAACGGACGGCCACGCAGUCCUCUGGCCACUUCCACUGGACAGAGUGAGGCAACAAGACGACGGCAACUGCAAAUACCACUCCCCGCUACGCCUCCACCAGAACAGCAGCAAGACACUCGGCACCCACCCUAUCCCGCAUACAUGGGCCACGCUCCUCGUCUCCGGCGGCGACGACGGCAGCAUCGCCUUGUUCAUCGCCACCCCCCAGUUUCCCCCCUUAUCUCCCUUUGGCACCCCGUCUCUUGCUACCACCACACCCUCUCCAACGGCCAUGACCAUCCACCCACCCGCCAUCCUCGCUCGUGCCCACGCAUCGGCCGUCACGGCCUUGGCCAUCAUCCCCGCCUUCUCCUCUCUGUCCUCCAAGUCUCACCCUUCCCCCUCACUGGACGCCGCCUCCACGCCCGAAACGCACACAUUACACGUCCUCACAUCCGGCACCGAUCAAUGGCUUCGUCUGUGGUCUGUCAGCGUUAGACUGCCUAGCGAGAUAGGAAAAGUAGGAGAAGGAGAAGCGGCAGGACCCGAUAUCCGCAUCCAGCGCGCGGGGAAACUGAAGACGCAUGUGGCCGAUGUGUCGAGCAUGGCUGUGCUGGGGUAUACCGCUUUCUCCUCCUCGAAAGGCGGGGACACGGAGGGUCAAGAGAGCACGGGUAAGGGUAGGGGUGCGGGUUCGGAUACGGGUACGGGUAGCGAUGCGAGAGUCGUGGUUUGUGGUGUUGGUAUGGAGGUUGUAAGGGUGGGUGGUUGUGACGAGGAUGGCGAAGGAGAGUAGACUAGAGUGGAAAAAAGACGGAAGAGUGAUGGGUUUUCGCAUUCGGAUGUAUGUGUUUGGCAAAGGGGUGUAUAAUCCGGCUCAGGUGUGCCUCACUGCAAAGUCGAACGCGCAAAAUUACAAGUCCCAC